GCCCAAACCCAGCCCAUAUGCUUCCACUUUCAAUUCUAACCUAGUCUCUUCUGGGCGUCCAAUCAUCUCAUUCACUCAACACAAAAACUUUUCUCUCUCGGCUCUCAUGUCUCUCUGUGUGUGAAUCGGAGGCAGCCAGCGGGAACGCGUUGAGAUCCGGAAAUGAAGAAGAAGAGAGCAAACCCUCAGAUGCACAAGCCUCUUAAGUAAAAAAAAAUAUCCGUAAUUUAGACUCGUCAAAUCCUACUGCACUUUUCGGAAUUCUUGUAAUUUUUGGAAGGUUCAAAAAUUUCUUCAUUAUGGAUCCUACACAAACCGAUGAGCAAUUUCUUGCUGUUCUAAGAGCCAUGGGAGGAGAAAGAGCGAGGCAGGGAGGAGAAACAUCACAAACUUAUGAAGGUUAAAUGCCUUCUGAAUCGACCAUAGUUAAGCGAACUGGAGAUAAUACCGGCCAGGAAGAGGAGAGAUCAACGAUGGAGGCAAUCGGAGAUAGAAUAAGGAAUCUUAGGCCUACAAUGCCCACUCUACCAGCACGUUUUGGCAAUAUUCCUGAUCUACCUAGGACAGAAGUAAAAACUGACUUCAAAGAUGAUGAGUGGUUUGGCAGAGCUGGAAUUCGCCUGUUUGAGAUAAGCAAUGAACAUGUGUGUCGGUUGGGAAGAGUUGUAUUGCCAAAACUAGGGAGUGAACUAUCUGAAUCUGAUAUGGGUGCUUUGAUGUUGUUAGCAUUUCAGCUAAGAGGACCAGGUGCAGGAAAUCAGCCCAGAGUGUUUCCUAGUGAAAUCCCUAGAGGAAUGGGUUCGCAGGCGGAUAGAAACUACACCGACUUGGAUACAAGCACAUAUACAAGUGAUACACAGAUAGCAUCUGAAGGAUUAGAUGAGUCUGAAAAUGCAAAGGCAUACUCAUUUUUGGCGGCAUCAACACUUAGGUUGUUUGCAAGAUCUCAUGACAACUAUCUUCAAGCCUGGUCACAAAUUAGAGGGGGCUAUAGAAAGUUUUAUGUAAAACCAUGUCCAGUAGGGAACAUUCAACCGCGAGCUACAGUCCUAAAUAGUUUGCACUCUGCAUGGAAUCUAACAGAGAACGAGAUAUUUAAGGUGACCUUAUACAGAAUAUUGUAUCUAUCCAACACAGAAGAAGCUUCAGCUGAUGACCUGAAAAUGUUCUUAUAUGAUAGAUAUCUCUUUCACACUGGAAUGCAUAUAAUAUCAAUUUUCUACAGGCUGUGUGUAGCACUAAACUGCAGGAUAUCAACCUUGUUGAAAGCAAUAUACGCACGUAGGUUUGAUAGGCAGAUCACGGACUUGAUAACAUUGCUCACAAUGUUCUGUAGUUCUGAUCCGACUUAUCAAAGACGCAUGUGGAAGUAUGCUAGGAUAUUUGAUCCCAACUUUAUGUCCAGCCUACGGACCAGAACUUGUCCAAAGCUGGUAUUCUUAUUAGCGUGCAUGCUGAAAAGAUUGAACCCUGAAACUGCCAAGGACAUCUUAUCAAUUAAACAGCUAGAAGAUGUCAGUGAUGAGUAUAGAGAGAGAUUUAAAGCUGAAGCUGAAGUGUUGAUAAGCUGGAUAUAUCAAGCUGAAUCCGGACAAACCCCCACCGCUCCAUCACAGAAAUGAAGAAGAAAAUACUCGAAAGUUUCUAACAAAUGGGGUUUUAAGUUGGCCGCUGUAAAAUUCCAUUAUUUUUCGCUCUCAUUUCCCGUGAAUUCUCAAUGAACAAAUUGAGACAUUGCUUUUAUCUAUGUGUUUUGCUAUAUUACUGGGAAAUUAGUUUCGGAAUGGCAACAAUUCUUCAGUUCAAGUAUCUUUUUUCACUUUAAUUUAGGUUUGGAGUCAUGGUUAUGUAAUAGUUAUUUAAUACAUGCCUUCUUUCCGAAUAUUGGGUUUAUUAUUACUGGCUUUGAAUUUAAUACUGUUUUGGUGCUUCCA